UGCCGAACGAACGGUUCAUUCCUUCGAGUUCCGUUUCGUUCUGCUUUUUGUUGCUGCCCCGCGACGUAAACAACCGAACCGAAGUGUGGAGCUUGUGCGGAUUACGCCGCCAUUCCAGCCCCCUUUGCCCCACGUGCUAGUUGUAAUUGCAAUUAAUCCCACUCGGUAGUCGAAAAAAAGGCUGACAAAAAACGGGCCAAAAGCACAAGUGCAGAAAAAAAAGAAACUUGCCAGAAACUCUGCUCCUGUAUGUGUGUGUGCGUGCGUUGGUGUCGGUGUGUGUAUAUUUUUGGCGUGCGCGGCCAUUUUUUCUUGUUGCCACUCGAGAGUGUCUUCGAAAGAGAGGCCCGGCCGCAGAAACUACGCAAAUCCCCACUAAAUUCGCCAACUGAGGCGCUAAUUUGCGGAAAAUAAAUCAAUCGCAGUGGCGCCGAAAACAAACAAACAAACGUACAAAAAUAGAGUGCCGCAAACCACAAACAACUUACCUGAGCGCGCGAGUGUGUGUUGUGUGUAUGUGUGUGAAAGAGGCUAGCACAUCUACGUAGGCGCCUUCCCCCCGUUCGUUCACCCACAAUCCGGCAGCGAACACGUGCUCGCGCAUUAACGGCCAAAAAAAUAUCAACAAAAGUUGGCCGAUAAGGAAGAGCAACAAAACUGCAUAAGCAUCAUCAGCAGGCGACACACAAAAGGCUCCUUUAAAUUGCACAAACCCGCGACGAGUUUUGUAAGCUCGCAGUAGUGAAGUGUCGACUUGCCGACGACGACGACGACGACGACAACGACGACGACGUCGAGCACCGCUGUUCCAUCCCCAAUCCCAUUCCCUCCAUACCAUUCCACUCGCGCUAGUCGCACCGUUCGAGCGGCUUAGACCCUUCGACGAUCACGCCCCCAAGCUGGACGCUCGCACCAUAGCCUAUCGCCCGCUGACCCUUGGCGGCCACCAGCCGACGCUUAUGGCCGAACUGCCGACGGCGCCGAACGGCGUCCCAAGCGGCGAUUACCUGCACCGCUCCAUCGACCAGCUGCGAUCUUUGGGUCACUUGACCACGGCCCAAUUGGUCCACGAGUACAAGCCUUUCAACAUCACCGAGUUCCGGCAGAAUGUUGCCGAGCGCCUAGACUACUCGCUGAAAAGCGGUCUGGUACAGCAUCAGCAGCAACAUUUGGUUAUGGAACAGCAACAACAGCAGCAGCAACAUCCCGAUCCCCAACAACAGCAGCAACAGCAACAACAUCUGCACCACCAGCAACAGCAGCAGCAGCAUCAUCAGCAACAAGCAAAACCAAACUACAGUCCACCCAACUCACCGCCUACGCCCCACGAGCAGCCGGAGCAAAAGUACGAUCCUAGUAGAUCACCAGCGCGCCAACAGAUGAGCAACGGCAGUGGAAGCGGCAGCAAUGGCUCCUCACCGGAGGAGGAGGGCCGACGGAGCGACGGCGACCAGACAAAGCCGUACAAGUGUGCCUCGUGCAGCAAGUCAUUUGCCAACUCCUCGUACCUGUCUCAGCACACGCGGAUCCAUCUGGGUAUCAAGCCAUACCGCUGCGAGAUCUGCCAGCGCAAAUUCACGCAGCUGUCGCACCUUCAGCAGCACAUUCGAACUCACACAGGUGACAAACCGUACAAAUGCCGGCAUGCCGGCUGCCCGAAGGCCUUCUCGCAGCUCUCGAAUCUGCAGUCACACUCCCGCUGCCAUCAAACGGACAAACCGUUCAAGUGCAACUCCUGCUACAAGUGCUUUGGCGACGAGAUGACCUUGUUGGAGCACAUACCCAAGCACAAGGACUCCAAGCAUCUGAAGACGCACAUCUGCAAUUUGUGUGGCAAGUCCUAUACGCAGGAGACCUAUCUGCAAAAGCAUUUGCAGAAGCAUGCCGAAAAGGCGGAGAAGCAGCAGCAUCGGCACACGACUCAGGUGACAGCUGCCCACCAACAACACGUGCCGGCCGGCGGCAUUGGCUUGAAUCUGCAACGCCAGGCAAUGAACGACGUAAACGCUGCUUACUGGGCCAAGAUGGGGGCGGACAGUGCGGCCGCCUCGCUGGCGGAGGCCAUACAGCAACAGUUACCACAGGCCACCGGUCAGCCAUACGGGAACUUUGCCUCCCUGCAGCAACAGCAUCAGCAACAGGAACUGCUGCAGCAGCAUCAUCAGCGUUUGGCGGACACGCCCGGUCACUCACACAGUCCGCAUGAGGAGGCCGCAGGCGAGGUUCUUGUCCUGCGACAGUCUACGCCACAGCAUCACCUUCAGCAGCAACAGCAGCAGCAGCAACAACAGCAACAUCCGGCGCAACACCAGCCGUCGCCUGGUCCCGGGUCGUCGGCUUUUACCCCACUGGCAGCCACAGUGGCACCACCACCGCCGCCCCCACAUCUUCAACAGCAUCGCGGACCGCCGGCGGCCACUGCCGCAUAUCUCUAUCAGCAGAAUGCGGCUGCUGCCGCUGCCGCCUUUCCCACUCAGCUCAUCUCGCUACAUCAGAUCCGGAACUAUGCCCACCAGCCAGGAGCGGCGGGCCUCAUCGCUGGCGAUCACCUCACCCUGGGCCUGAGUGCCGUGAAUGCGGCCAAGGAGAAGGCGCAAUAGUAUAGGCCGGGUCGUGGCCAAAAGAGGCAGCAACGAUGACAUUAGUUUAAGGUUUCCGUUUCAACUGGUUUGGAUUCGAGUUCACACUAGAUGAACCCUCGAGCCCAACCCAAUUGAAACGAUAGAAGUAACAGUAAGUUAGAAGUUAGUUAGGCGCAUUUGCUAAUAAGGAGCAUUGCAUUGCAGCUGGUUUUCCUGAACCCGAACUAUCCACAUAUCCAAAACCACCUUGAUGUUGUAUACGAAUCAGCCAAAAAUAAGCAACAAUUCUAUCACUGCCCAAGACCGAAGAUUAAACCAACUGCAAUGCUUUAGCUCCUCGCUAAUGCGAUAUUAAGAAUAUUACAUCUAGAUCGACUCAGGAUUUUAUAUACGAUAUUUAUAUACCCCUAUUCCCUUCCCUUUUUAGAUAUAUCUGUAAGCAAUAUGUAAAAUAAAACUCUGAGCUAUUUAAAUAAGUUAAAUUUGAAUAGAUCACAGUUUUAGUAUAAGCUAGCAGCCGUACAAAGUACAUAAUAUAUAUUUGACCUAGAUUGUACAUAGAUGUAUGUAAAUGUGUGCUGUAUAUGUAAACGUACUUUAGAUACUUUCUAAUUUAUCAACUAAUUAGUAUCUUAAGGAUAUUUUCUACCUGUUAGGCAAGCUGAAAGUGAGAAAUCGAUUUCAAAGUGUAUAAUUC